CUAUUUUUUUUUUAAUGCGUGUGUUAUAAAAUAAAUUAAAAAAGGAAGACAAAACUGAUUUAUGAAGAUGAUGAACCUCUCUGGACUGUUGACAUUCUUCAUCUUCCUCAGCACCUUCAGCACAGCAUCUGGCCUUGGAUCAGUGCUGUCAAGGGAUUGGAAUCACAAAAAGUAUGGUUCCAACUGGGAAGAUGCGCAAAACAUCUGCAGAAGGUACAACAAUGACUUGGCCACAAUCUACACCCAGUCCCAAACCGGAGACAUAUACCUGAAAAAGUAUUUGGCGUGGAUCGGUUUACACAGGGAAUCGUCAAGCAAAGACUGGGUUUGGACUGAUGGAGAAAGACAUAACGUGGAUUGGGGAAAUAAUGAACCAGAUAACAAUGAAGACUGUGCUGCGAUCAUCUACCACAACUACAACAGCAGAGAGGUUUAUAGCAGACCUUGUAAAAGAAAACAGUUCUUUGCAUGUCAAAGGAACAGCACCCCAGGCUUCCAUUUCAUAAUGAUGGCGAAGAGUUGGUCUGAGGCGGACACGUACUGCACGGAUCACCAUAACGGUUUGGCAAGUUUUGAAUGGUACAACAUGAGUUAUUUCAGUCAGCAGGACAUUCCCACCUGGAUCGGACUUCACAGAAAUGGUGGAUCCUGGAAAUGGAGCUCAGGUCUCGAGGAGGACAAACAAUGGAAUUUAGCUGAGCCAAAUAAUGAAAAAAACUGUGUAGCUAUAACUUCAUUGACCAAGCGGCUCACUACCCAAAACUGCCAGACCCUGCUUCCGUUCCUCUGCAUGAAGGACAACCUGGUCCUGGUAAAGGAAAAUAGCAGCUGGGAGGAGGCAUUUGAACACUGCCGAAGUCUCGGAUCGUCCUCCAACAGCGGGCUUCACUUCAAUCUGCUCAGCGUGCAGCCUGGAGAUGAACACACCUACGUGAAAAACAAAGUCAUGGAGGCUGACACUGAAGAGGUGUGGACUGGACUGCGCUACCUGGGUAAUGAAUGGCUGUGGGUGAAUGGAGCUGAUAUGUUGUACACUGACCUGCCACAAUGCCCCAUCUUGUGGCAGCGCUGUGGUGCCUUAUCCAAGAACGAUACUGGCACCAUGGAGGCCAGAGACUGCUCAGAGAGAAAAAACUUUCUCUGUUAUAGUUACAAUCCUUAACAUCAGCAAGAUCACCGAAAAGCCUGAGCAAGUCUGCUUCUACCAACCAACUGAAAAGUUCACAACCUGCCACUGUUUUAAAAACAUUGCACUUAGAAUAUUGCAUUUACAGUUAUCAGUAAGAGAAACCUACAGAACUAUGUAUUUAUAUUCAUUAAUAAGUAUUUUACAUGUGUUUUUGAUUAUUUGACACUUUGGUAGAAAGUUGAAGAACCCUAUCAAGAUCAAAGUGAAUGAUUGAAAGGAAUUUGAUGAUAGAAAUCCAAUGAAUUUCAUUAUUGUAGAUUAAAGAAAAUCAAAAUACUGUUAUGUUUGUACAUCUGCUAAAAAUCCUUAAUGCUAAAUUAGCCUGUCUGUAUUUCAAUGUGGUCUUUUUAAAGUUUAAGAAGUGCUUAUUUUUAGAUAAUAUGGUUGAAACCUUUCAAAUAUGUUAAUGUACCUCUUUAGUAUAAGGAUUUCUUUGAAAAAUA